AUUACACCUCUUUCCCCCCCCACCCCCCUCCUUCUCUCUCUCUCUCUCUCUCCCAGUUUCCACAGCUCACUCACUCUUGCCGGUGACUCCUACCGGAGCCCUAACUUCUUUCACUGGACUUGGGCCAACCAGUGGUGUCUUAGCCGGGGCUUGAAAUGCCAUUGUGCUUGCAGCUUUAUAGUUCUCAGAUCGAAGCUUCUUAUAAGUCUUCCCUGUUCUCUUCAAGCUCUUGAAUUCAAGGAAAGCUUUCUGGGUUUCUCGCACUCUUAUCUAGCAAAUAGUACCCAUAAAUUAUUUUUCUUAUUUUGUCUUCAUUUGAGCUUCAUUUCUUGGUCUUUCAUUUUGGUAGCUGUUUUCUUUUUGGUAUUCUUCUUUGUCUCUCUGGUCUAAAUCUAGCCGUUGACAAGAAAAAAGAGAACCCUUUUUGACAUUUUUCCAUUUUUUUCCCUUGAAAUUCUUGGUGAAGUAGUGAAUUUUUAGCCUUUGAACCCAACAAGCUCUUAUUUUUAUCUUCUAUUCUUCUCCUCCAUCCCUGUGUUUUUUUUAGCUAAACUUAAAUGGGUUGCUAAUGAUUCUUUGAUUUCCUUGUUAAAGAAGCAAAGCUUGCAAUGGUGAAAACAAAAGAGCUUCUAAGCUUAUUUGCAUUGUUAGGUUUUGUUUUACAGUGUGUGGGAUCUUUAACCCCAUCUCUAAACGAUGACGUGUUGGGUCUAAUUGUGUUCAAGGCAGACCUUCAAGAUCCAAAGGGAAAGCUUUCAUCUUGGAACCAAGAUGAUGAUACCCCUUGCAACUGGGUUGGUGUCAAAUGCAACCCAAGAUCCAACAGGGUCACUGAGCUCACUCUUGAUGACUUCUCUCUUUCGGGUCGGAUCGGACGUGGCCUCUUACAGCUCCAGUUUCUUCACAAGCUUUCACUUGCAAGAAACAACCUUUCUGGCAACAUUAGUCCUAAUCUUGCUCGGCUUGCAAACCUUAGGAUCAUUGAUUUGAGUGAGAAUAGUCUUUCUGGGCCUAUCCCAGAUGACUUUUUCCAGCAAUGUGGGUCUUUACGAGUCAUUUCUUUGGCUAAGAAUAAGUUUUCAGGCAAGAUUCCAGCUUCUUUGGGUUCAUGUGCUACACUUGCUUCUGUAGAUUUGAGUUCAAAUCAGUUUUCAGGUUCUCUGCCUCCUGGGAUUUGGGGUUUGAGCGGUCUAAGGUCACUUGAUUUAUCCAAUAAUUUAUUGGAAGGUGAAAUUCCUAAAGGGAUUGAAGUUUUGAACAAUUUGAGAGGUAUUAAUCUGAGUAAAAAUCAGUUUACUGGGAUAGUUCCCGAUGGGAUUGGAAGCUGUUUGUUGUUGAGGUCUAUUGAUUUAAGUGGGAAUUCUCUUUCUGGGGAGUUUCCAGAAACAAUGCAGAAGCUUAGUUUAUGCAAUUUUAUGAGCUUAAGCAACAACUUGUUAACUGGUGAAGUUCCAAACUGGAUUGGAGAAAUGAAACGCCUCGAGACUUUGGAUAUUUCUGGGAAUAAGAUUUCUGGUCAGAUUCCAACUUCAAUUGGGAAUCUUCAAUCACUCAAGGUGUUGAAUUUUUCAUCUAAUGAUUUAAGUGGGAGCUUGCCAGAAUCUAUGGCCAACUGUGGUAGCCUUUUGGCUUUGGAUUUGAGCAGAAAUUCAAUGAAUGGUGACCUUCCUGCAUGGGUUUUCAGUCCGGGCUUGGAAAAGGUUCUGCAUUUGGAUAGCAAGCUUGGUGGGAGUUUCAACUCAGUUCCAAAGCUCCAAGUUUUGGAUUUAUCAGAGAACGAAUUUUCUGGUAAAAUUGCAUCUUCCAUAGGGGUUUUGAGCAGCUUGCAGUUCUUGAAUCUAUCAGGGAACUCUCUGGAGGGCCCUCUUCCAGGGACUAUUGGUGAUUUAAAGGAGUUGGAUGUUCUUGAUUUGAGUGGGAAUAGCUUAAAUGGGAGUAUUCCUCUGGAAAUUGGUGGAGCUUUUUCUUUGAAGGAAUUGAGGCUGGAAAGGAACUUACUGUCAGGGCAAAUUCCUAGCUCGGUUGGGAACUGUACUUCACUAACUACGAUGAUCCUCUCCCGGAACAACUUGACCGGACUAAUACCUGCAGCAAUAGCAAAACUUACAAGCCUAAAAGAUGUGGACUUGUCUUUUAACAGCCUCACUGGUGGCCUACCCAAGCAGUUGGCUAACCUUCCCAAUCUGUCCUCCUUUAACAUUUCCCACAACCAGUUGCAAGGUGAACUACCUGCUGGUGGUUUCUUUAACACCAUAUCGCCAUAUUCUGUCUCUGGCAAUCCGUCCCUCUGUGGUGCUGCAGUCAACAAGUCUUGCCCUGCAGUCCUUCCAAAGCCUAUUGUUCUUAAUCCUAACUCUUCCUCUGACUCUGCUCCGGGCGAGAUUCCACAAGAUAUUGGUCACAAAAGAAUCAUCCUAAGCAUAUCUGCUCUUAUUGCUAUUGGUGCAGCUGCUGUCAUUGUUGUCGGUGUUAUUGCUAUCACUCUCCUUAAUCUCCGUGUUCGCUCAUCAACCUCUCGAUCUGCAGCUGCCCUUACAUUUUCUGCUGGUGAUGACUUUAGCCAUUCCCCCACUACGGAUGCCAAUUCUGGCAAGCUUGUCAUGUUUUCAGGUGACCCUGACUUCAGCACUGGAGCUCAUGCUCUGCUUAAUAAGGAUUGUGAACUUGGGCGUGGUGGGUUUGGAGCAGUCUAUCGAACUGUUCUUAGAAAUGGGCAUCCAGUUGCCAUCAAGAAGCUCACUGUCUCAAGUCUUGUUAAAUCUCAGGAUGAUUUUGAAAGGGAGGUUAAGAAAUUGGGAAAAGUUAGACACCAAAAUCUUGUGGGACUUGAAGGUUACUACUGGACUCCAUCCUUACAGCUUCUAAUAUAUGAAUUUGUCUCUGGAGGGAGUUUGUAUAAGCAUCUCCAUGAAGGUUCAGGUGGUCAUUUUCUUUCAUGGAAUGAGAGGUUCAAUAUAAUUCUUGGGACGGCUAAAAGCUUGGCUCAUUUGCACCAAUCGAACAUCAUCCACUAUAACAUAAAAUCAAGCAAUGUCCUUCUUGACAGUUCGGGUGAACCAAAAGUUGGAGAUUAUGGCCUGGCUAGGUUGUUGCCAAUGCUAGACCGCUAUGUCUUAAGCAGCAAGAUUCAGAGCGCACUAGGCUACAUGGCACCUGAGUUUGCUUGUAGAACAGUAAAGAUAACUGAGAAAUGUGAUGUCUACGGGUUUGGGGUUUUGGUUUUGGAGAUUGUUACUGGGAAGAGGCCUGUCGAGUACAUGGAAGAUGAUGUAGCGGUGCUCUGUGACAUGGUCAGAGGAACAUUAGAGGAAGGAAGGGUGGAAGAAUGUAUUGAUGAUAGGCUCCAAGGGAAUUUCCCAGCCGAUGAAGUAGUUCCAGUGAUGAAACUGGGCUUGAUUUGCACUUCGCAGGUGCCAUCAAACAGGCCAGAUAUGGGAGAGGUAGUAAAUAUAUUGGAGCUCAUCAGAUGCCCUUCUGAAGGACAAGAUGAGUUGGUAUGAAUAUGAAUAUACAUAUCCAGAAAUUCAGAGUAUGCAAUCCAUGAUGGAUUAUCCGGCGAAGAGGAAUCCGGUUUGUUAGAUUGAUCAAAGAGGAGAAAUUUCAAUGUUGGAAGUUCAUUGCUUUUUGUUUGUUUAUUUUAUUUUUAUUUUAAUGUUCUUAUAUUGGUUCUUCUCUUCUUUGUUAUCUUUUUGUGCUUGUAGUUUCUUCUCAAUGUUACAGUUAGAUUACCGGAUUCCUUUUCACCGGCUUCCAGUUUGGGAACCUUUUGGAUGUUCCAUAUGCCUUAAGUUUCGUUUCUAGUUAUUAGCUGAUAGUAAGAUUUCUGACUCUGAUUUCACAAGGCACAUAGCCUGAAACUUGUGUAUGACUACAUUGUUAACAAAUUUAGUGUCCUUAAUUGAACUUCCUGGUUGAAUUCUUGUUUAUA